AUGGCUUCACAGGCCAGUGCAGCUCUGGGCACCGAUGACAGUGGCCGCAGGAAGCCCCGUCUGGCAGCAUCACUGCAGAUCAGCCCAGGGUCCAGCCCCUGGAGGCCCUCGGCCAGUCUGGGCCAAGAGUCUGCGCCCGCCCCCAACGCAGAGGACGAUGAACCGGGCGGGCAGCUCCAGGCCUCUGCAGCGGCUGGGGACGGGCCCGCCGGGGAGUUCCCGAAGGUGGCCAGACAUCUGGGCCUGCUUCUCAAAGACCCGCCGCCGGGCCAGGCCGUGGCCUUGCUUACUCAGUACGCGGCUAAUCUGGGCGUCUCCCUGAUCUUUCGAGAAGGCCAAACAGCAGACCCCUGCUCGCCCUUCUCUGUGGCUGUGGAGCUGGAUGGGGUGGUCUGCCCCCCAAGCACUGCCAACAGUAAGCCGGAGGCCAAGCAGCAGGCAGCUCUCUCUGCCCUCCACUACAUCCGGCGUCAGCUGGAGGGCCCAGCUGCAGGGGCAGAACCCCCAAAGACCCCCAACCAGCCUCCUCUCGCUCCUCUGAGCAUAGAGAACAUCGUGACCCAUGAGCAGCGCUGCGCGGCCGUGGUCAGCGCAGUCUUCGACCGCCUGGUAGAUGCCAGCUCGCCAUACUGGGCCUGCAAGGGGACUGUGGCCGCGGUCAUCCUGGAGCGAGAGGUCCCGGGCGCCAGGGGCCACGCCAAGGAGACCUACCAGCUGGUGGCGCUGGGCACCGGCGGCGGCAGCUGCGCCGGGUGGCUGGACUUCUCAGGCCGGCAGCUGCACGACUGCCACGGGCUGGUGGUGGCCCGCCGGGCCCUGCUGAGGUUCCUGUUCCGGCAGCUCCUGCUGGCCACGCAGGGGGGCCCCAUGGGCAAGGAGAAGUCCGUGCUGGCCCCCAAGCCGGGGCCCGGGCCCCCCUUCGCCCUCAAGCCCCGGAUCUUCCUGCACCUCUACGUCAGCAACACGCCCAAGGGAGCCGCCUACGAUAUCUACCUCCCUCCGUCGUUGGAGGGCGGCCUCCUGCACGGCCCCCCGCUCCGCCUGCAGGCCCACAUCCAGGGGGAGCUGAAGCCGGUGUGCUACGUGGCCCCCGCGCUCCGCGACACGCACGUGGGCUGCCUCUCGGCGAGUGACAAGCUGGCGCGCUGGGCCGUCCUGGGGCUGGGGGGUGGCCUGCUGGCCCACUUCCUGCCCCCCCUCUACACCACCAGCCUGGUCCUGGCCGACUCCUGCCACGACCCCCCGACCCUGAGCCGGGCCAUCCACACGCGGCCCAGCCUCGACAGGGCCAUGGGGCCGUGCCUGCCAGCCCCCUACACCCGGACCAUGCUCCACCUCUUUGCAGGGCCCUCGGUGGCCCCCUCUGACCUCCCCCCCAACACCUGCCAGGGCCUGAGCCUCAACUGGAGCCUGGGGGACCCGGACGUCGAGGUGGUGGACGUGGCCACCGGGCGUGUGAAGGCCGACGCUGCCCCCGGGCCUCCCUCGCGCCUCUGCAAGGCCUCCUUUCUCCGGGCCUUUCGCCAGGCUGCCCAUGCCCUUGGGAAGUCCCACCUGCUGGCCUUGCAGACCUACGAGGCAGCCAAGGCCGGGCCCUAUCAGGAGGCUCGCCAGCAGCUGUCCAUCCUCCUGGACCAGCAGGGCCUGGGGGCUUGGCCCUCGAAACCGCUGGUGGGAAAAUUCAAAAACUGAAGCAGAGCUCCAGGGGCCGAGGUUCUGAG